AAAAAAAUUCCUCCAGGUGGCCAAGUGGGAAAGCUUCACCGCGUGGCACUGUGAGCGGGGUGCCGAGGCAGUAUCUGGCACUAAGCUGCAGUUCCACAACUUUGUGAUGCUUGAUAACCAACAGGCUGGCAUGGAGAUGGUGUCUCUGAAGGGAGGGUUCGGACAGGAUGACAGCCCUGGCAUCUUCAAUUCCCUGGUGGUGUGUCACUCGGCCCUCAACUCCAGUGCCUGCACCUCAGGAACCAGUGCUAUUGUGGCGCCCAAGACCCAGAUCUUUAGUAUCUCCAAUGUCACAUUUGUUAACUUUGAUGAGGGUGGAAGUGCUGCGCUGUCUGGCUGUUCUCAGUGCAGGAACUACCAGGGAGGCUACAGGGCACAGGUUAAGGGUCUGGCCUUUGAGAAUUCACCCAACAAGAUCAGGUUUCAGUGGGAACACGAGACAAUCUGGAUAGACGCUGAUGGCUCUCUGACGGGCGAACCGGAGGCGAAUGUUGUUCCCACAAUGGGCAUCUUACCAACUGAUUCCUUCACUCAAGAAGCAGCAUUCUCUGUCACCAAGAAUGUGCCAGGAUCAGUUUGUCGAGGGGCUAUGAAAUUCCUGCGAGUGGCCAUCACCAAUCCGAGCCCUUCCUCACUGCUUGGCAAGGACCUGGUGGUAAGCAACGACUUCGGCGCCACCCACAUCCCUUACCUCAUGCUCCGUAUUGGUGGUGCUGGCUGGAUGGGGCUUGUCUACACUGGUGCCACUUUUGACUUCAACUUUGAAAAUGCUAAUCAGCUGACAUGUGGAGUCCCCCAGGGGACCAAGAUGGGUCCUCUAUGCUUCCUCCUCCUCAUCAAUGACGCCCUCACUGACACCCCCUAUCGCUGGAAGUAUGUGGAUGACUGCACCGUGGGUGUCCCAGUUUCCACCAAGAACCCGGACUACUCGCCACUGCAAGCAAUUCUGGAGCGACUGCAGACGUGGACGGAGGAGAGCAGGAUGACCAUCAACCACAGCAAAACUGUGGUGAUGCAUUUCUGUACCUCCUCUGUACCAGUGCCCCCUCCCCGGCUCACAGUGGGCCCUCACCCCCUCCAGGUGGUCCAAUGUGCCAAGCUUCUCGGAGUCACGGUGGACAACCAGCUGAACUGGAAGCAGCAUGUCGCCAGCACCGUGAGAUCAGCUACCUACAGGCUGUACAUGCUGCGCAGACUCAGGUCGCUGGGGACGCUGACAGAUGAGUUAAGGAGGGUGUACCUUACCUUCAUCCUCCCCAAACUCAUGUACGCCUCCCCAGCGUGGUCCUCCUCCCUCACACACACUCAACAGCUACAGCUAGAGAGUGUGCAGAAAAGGGCGUGCAGGGUCAUCCUUGGCCCUGCAUACACCACCUAUGAAGAAGCCCUGACCAACCUGAGUCUGUCCAGAAUAACCACCAGGCACCGAGAGGCUCUGGAGAAGUUUGGGAGGGGACUACUGCAUCAUCCACGUCUCAGAAACAUGCUGCCACCCGACGCGCCUCGCCCAGUCCGUACCACCAGACACCACAACAAAAUAACGCCCCUGAAGGCGCCGCGCACGGACUGGUACAGACUCAGUGCGAUUCCCACCAUGGUGCGAGCCAUCAAUCAAUAGUAUUUCCCUCCUAGAUUAGACUUACCUUUAGGAUUAAUGUUAAGUUUUUCCCCAUCCCCUAUGUACAUUUUCAGUUUGUCAACUGCAUAAAUAAUAAACUGUUUAUUAUUAUUA